GGCCCGCAGUAGAGUCCGUAUUUUGGCGUCACACAGGCUGUAAGGUCGCGAGCGCCGGUCCCCUUUGUUUCCCGCCUCACCGUUCUUAGGAGGUCCCCAUCUCCGGGCUUCGGUUCCUUCACACCAGCUCUCGCGAGUGUCCUAGAUGGGCCCUGAAAGGGAAAGGUUUGCACGCUCAGGCACGCCACCUCGGACUUCUGCGCAUGUGCAGUGACCCCAAGGCGCCGAGGGCAAACUCUGGAGUCGCAUCCCGCCUGUGCCGUGCUCUCCUCUCUCUCUCUCUCUCGCUGAGCGUUGUCCGUGCGUGGCAUCUGGAGAAUGUCCGCCCCGUUUGAGGAGCGUAGUGGGGUGGUUCCGUGCGGGACGCCGUGGGGCCAGUGGUACCAGACCCUGGAGGAGGUGUUCAUUGAAGUUCAGGUGCCCCCGGGCACGCGCGCGCAGGACAUCCAGUGCGACCUGCAGAGCCGGCAUGUGGCUCUGGCCGUGGGUGGCCGCGAGAUCCUCAAGGGCAAGUUGUUUGAUUCUACAAUUGCUGAUGAAGGAACAUGGACUUUGGAAGAUAGAAAAAUGGUCCGCAUUGUCCUGACAAAGACCAAGAGAGACGCUGCAAACUGUUGGACUUCCCUUCUAGAAUCUGAAUAUGCAGCUGAUCCCUGGGUGCAAGACCAAAUGCAGAGAAAACUUACAUUAGAGAGAUUCCAGAAAGAAAAUCCUGGUUUUGACUUCAGUGGAGCAGAAAUCUCAGGGAACUACACAAAGGGUGGACCAGACUUCUCAAACCUUGAGAAAUGACUGCUAUUCUUUACUUUUGUUCCAUCUUGUGGAUCCCAGCAGGUGCUGGCAGCUUAAGGCAGCAAAUGAUAUGAAGAAUGAAAAAAUAUGGAUGUCUGCAGUUAACAUAUUGCAAAUGUAUUUCAGCAUGGUUCUAAAAGAUUACAUUCAGAUAUGAUUUACAUAGAAGAUGUAGCAGCUGUCCUGUGGAUGGAUGGUAACUUUUAUUGCUCUGCAUUAAGUUUUAUAUGCUACAUUUUCCUAAUUUCAUAUUUAAUUAUGUUUUUUUACUACAAAAGCAUUGGAGUACAAAUCAUAUGAAAUGAAAAAAGUGCCUUCAGGGAUUUUUUUUUGUUUGUGUGUGUGUGUGUGUGUGAUGCAGGAAUAAUGUUCACUAAACGUCUGGGUAAGUAUUGUGCAUCCCUUUGUCCAUACGAGGAAAGUACAGUGCUGGACAAACUUUAAGAAAGGAAAAAGUGAUUAUGUCAAGAAGUUGAAAAAUGGUGAAACCCUAUCAAUGAAAGAGUUUAAAUCAUUAGUGUCCGGAAGCAAAUUUAGGCCCCUCAGUGUAAGCCAGUGGCUUCAUUUAAGUUUAAUGACUCAGAGAGAAAGAGAAUUAUCUAGAAGAAAUUGCUUUUAUCCUGUUUGUGUCUUUUAAUUCUUUAAAAAAUAAUAUGAAAUGUGUAGAAAGCUUAUAAGUGAAGUAUUAACAAUUUAAGAAUCUUGUACUAUUUUCUAAUAAACUGACAUGAUGCUGUCA